AUGAAAAAAAAUAUGGUUGAAUAUAAUAUGCCUGAGGAAAGUGAAUAUAAAGAAGAUUGUAUAUUCACAUCAAUUGAUAUUUUUAAAGGGGACUAUAACUAUUUAAAUUUCCAUUAUAUAUGCGAAAUAACAUUUGAUGAUUUUAGUUUUAUAUCUCCAUAUCAUUGUUACUUUUUUUUACGAAAUAAGUAUGAAGCUUUAGAAAAUAUAAAAAAUAAUUAUUUGCAAAAUACGGGCAAUAGUUUAUCUAAUCAUGACUAUUUAAAAGUAAUUAAUGAAAAAAAAUCUAUAGAACUGUUUGAAAAUAAGCAAGUACUUUAUUAUAACCAAGAUGAAUUAUCAAGCUUGAAUCGAAAAGCUUUGAAUGCAAUAGCUGAUGUUAUAAAUGGAAUGGGAAUUGACGAUUUGAUAGCUAUUUCGGUCUAUUUAGGCGAGAAUCCGCAAUGGAAUAAACACAAACUGAUGUGGAUGGAAAUGAUUCAAAGGGAUAAAUUUCGUAAAUACCAAACGAUUCGGGAAAGCUUAGGAAAUACAGAAAAAAGAGAAAUAAUUUACAAGAUUAAGAGUGAAGAAUUUGAUAAAAUAGAAAAUAAGAAUAUGAUUAAAGAUAUAUUUUAUUUUGGAGUAUUUGAAAGAAAGGGGCAAAAUAAUUUAGGUAGAAUAUAUAUGAAUAUAAGAAAUGAUGUAAUAAAUAAUAAUGAAAUAUAUUCAUGGGUAUUAACUAAUUGUAAUCUGCAAACAGACAAAAAUUUAAUUGCUGAUAUUUUUAUUGAAGAAAAAUAUCUUGAAAGGACUGUAAUUGAUAAUAUAAAAAAUGAUGAAAUACAGAAAAAAAAAAUCGAAAGUAUAAAUGAUUAUAUAAAAACUGAAGAGAAAAUACAGAAUUAUUCUUUUUCUUCAAAAGAAUAUAUAUCAUUUGGAAAAAAUUCCCAAAAUGAUAUUAUUUGUUUGAACCCAUCUAUUUCAAGGUUUCAUUGUAUUUUAUAUUUUUCAAAAGAUUUUCAUCUUUAUUUAAUAGAUGUAGGAUCUAAAUCACGAACAAAAUUAAAUAAUAAUGUUAUAAAAAUAAAUGAAAAAUAUAAAAUUGAUAAUAAUGAUGUUAUUACUUUAGGUGUGUCUAAGAGGACAUAUAAAAUUAAUAUAAAUGUUGAUAAAGUUUUAUCAUAUCUUGAUAAUAAAAAAAAUGAAGCCCAAAAAAAAAUAAAAGUAAUCAAUGAAGAAAUAGAACACCCUUUGAAAAAUAAAAAUUUAUUAAAGUUAAAAGUUUCAAACAUUUACUAUAAAUGUAAUGAAAACGAUAUUCUAGAUUUCUUUAAAGAUUGUGGGGAAAUUAAAAAUAUGCACAUGUACAAUGUUCCGAUUAUAAAUAAAGAAGAGGGUGUCGAAAAUGAAAAUAAUAAUAAAGAUGAUUUUAAUAAGUUGAAAAAAAAAAAAUUCUUGAAACAGGCUAUAAUAGAAGUAUAUGACAAAAAUACAUCUGCUAACAUUAUCAAAAAAAAUGAUUCUUUUUUAUAUGGAAGGAAAAUUCAUAUAGAAUAUCACCCAUUGCAGCAACAUGAACAUAGAUAUAAAAACUUCAAUACAAAAAAAAAAUUUGAACAUUUCGAUAUUCAAGUUACGUGUAAAAAUGCCAAAUAUAAUGGGGAACAAAUUAUCAUAAAGGGAGAACAUAUCAGAUAUAAAAAAUUUAAGAGAAGUGAACCUGGGGAAUACCAAAGGCUUGAGGAAAGGAGAGUGGAAAGAAGCGGUCAGGACAAUAGACGAACUGGAGAAAGAACAAUAAGCAGUAGCGAUCGAAGUGGAAGUAGUGGGACUGGUCGGAGUAGCAGUAGUAGAAGCGAACAAAGUAGCAAUAGCCGGGGCAAACGAAGGAGCAGUAGUCGGAGCGAAAAGGGUGAUAGAUCAAGGGAUGGCAAAAAAAGGGACAAUAAAUAUAGUAACCGUUAUAGCAUUGAAAGUCGAGAUUCCCAUAAAAGAUACACAAAAAAAAAAUAG